AUGUCAUCUUGGACUCCUAACCAGGAUGGGCUCCAAGAGGUCCUCGGCAUGCUGCGCGACUCUGCUAGCCCAGACCCCAACGUCCAGAAGCAUGUCGCCACGCGCUUAAAGGAGCUUAGAUUCAUCCCAAAUUUCCUCGCCUACUUGGCCCACAUCCUCGUCUUUGCCACGAGCGAAGUGGGUACGCACCGCACAGUCGCCGGUCUGGUGCUCAAGAACGCCCUCAUUGAGCGGAGCGGACAGCCCGUCACGGACAGCGAUGCCCAGGCGAUGGAGUACGUCAAGCAGGCCUCGCUUGCUGGCUUGCAGGAAGCGGACAAGAUGAUCCGCCACACCUCUGGCAGUGUCGUCAUGGCCAUUCUCUACACUGAGAACACUGGCGCUUGGCCACAAGCGCUCGACGUCUUAACAAAGGGCCUGAGCUCGCAGGACGAAAACCUCGUCGAGGGUGUCCUCAACACUUUCCAAAAGGUUGCCGAAGACUGUCCUCAGCGUCUCGACAUUACCAUCCAGGGCGCCAGCCUGUUUGAGCACCUCGUCCCACUGUUUAUCCAGUUCACUGGCCACUCGGACGCGCGCAACCGUCUCUACGCGCUCGAGACACUUCAGUGCCUGAUCGCUUUACGCACUCCUGCGCUCAUGGCGCAGCUUGAGAACUACCUUCAAGCUCUCUUUGCGCGCGCGUCGGACGACUCUCCCGAUGUCCGCCGCACCGUGUGUGCUGCUCUUGGCCUGAUCCUUGCCAGCCGGCCAGACAAGCUCGUUCCGCAGAUGAAGAACGUCGUCGACUACAUUACCUACUGCACCAAGGACGAGGACGAGUCGGUAGCGCUGGAGGCGUGCGAGUUCUGGCUCACUUUCGCCGAGGACCCCAACCUCAAGUCGCAGAUGCAGCCGUACCUUGAAAAGAUUGUCCCUCUCCUCCUCGAGGGCAUGGUGUACUCUGAGGUUGACCUCCUCUACCUCGACAAUGACGAGGACGACGAGGCAGUCCCCGACAAGGAGACCGACAUCAAGCCCCACCUCUACAGCGGCAAGGCGCACGGUGUUGGCGAGUCCAACGAGGCUGCGUCGGCGCAGAAGGGUGGCCAAUCCCGUGAGGCGGCCGAGCAGGCAUUUGACGACGAUGAUGAUGACGAUGACGACUACUACGACGAUGAUGACGACGACGCCUCGGCCGAGUGGAACAUCCGCAAGUGCUCGGCCGCUGCGCUCGACGUCAUGGCCGUCUCGUUCCGUGGCGACCUCCUCAACAUCCUCCUCCCUCACCUCAAGGACCGCCUCUUCCACCAGGAGUGGACCUAUCGGGAGAGCGGUAUCCUUGCACUUGGUGCGAUUGCCGAGGGCUGCAUCGAGGGCCUCGAGCCUCACCUCCCCCAGCUUGUGCCCUGGCUCAUUGAGGCGCUCAAGGACCGCAAGGCGCUCGUCCGCUCGAUUACCUGCUGGACUCUCGGACGUUACUCGAGCUGGGUCGUCGCUGUCUCGACCGAGAACAAGCAGAGCUUCUUCCUGCCCACAAUGGAGGGUCUCCUCCAGAUGGUCCUCGACGGCAACAAGCGCGUGCAGGAGGCAGGCUGCAGUGCGUUUGCCACGCUCGAGGAGGAAGCUGGCGGCGAGUUGGUCCCCUUCCUUGAGCCCAUCCUGCGUAACCUCACCUACGCGUUCACCAAGUACCAGCAGAAGAACUUGCUCAUCCUGUACGACGCUAUCGGUACUCUUGCCGACUCUGUCAUGCACGCUCUCGGCACCGAGAAGUACAUGGAGAUCCUCAUGCCUCCUCUGAUCGACAAGUGGAUGAAGCUGAGCGACAGCGACCCCGACCUUGUCCCGCUCCUCGAGUGCCUUUCGUCGGUCACCCUCGCUGCGGGCAAGGCAUUCGGUCCCUACGCUUCCCCUGUGUACCAGCGCUGCAUCACCAUCAUCAGCACCUCGCUCGCGCAGUGGAAUGCCUACCUCGGCAACCCCAACGAGGUGCACGAGCCUGACCGCACGUUCAUCGUCGUCGCGCUCGACCUCCUCUCGGGCCUUGCGCAAGGUCUUGCGGAGCAGAUGCCGGCCCUCAUCGAGUCGACGCAGCCGCCUCUCCUUACGCUCAUUGCGGCGUGUCUGACUCACUUUGAGCCUCCUGUCCGGCAGUCGGCGCACGCGUUGCUUGGUGAUAUGGCCAUGACCUGCUUCCCCCUUCUGCGCCCCUACGUGCCGGACCUGAUGCCCUCGAUUAUCGAGCAGAUCAUCCCCGAGCCCCAGCAGGACAGCAUCAGCGUCUGCAACAACGCUGCCUGGGCAGCUGGCGAGAUUGCCAUCCAGUACCAGGGCGACGCCUCUCCCAUCGAGCCCUUCGUAGACGACCUCAUCCAGCGUCUCAUCCCCAUCCUCCUCAACGCCAAGUCACCAAAGUCGCUCUCGGAGAACGCCGCUGUCACGAUUGGUCGUCUUGGCCUGGUUGCGCCCGACCGUGUCGCGCCCCACCUCGGCACCUUUGCUCAGGCCUGGUGCGCAGCCCUGUGGGAGAUCAAGGACAACGACGAGAAGGACUCGGCGUUCCGCGGCUUCUGCAUGCUCAUUGUCAAGAACCCUGCUGGUCUUGAGAACAGCUUCAUCUGGUUCUGCAACGCCGUGUGCAAGUGGCAGCACCCCUCUCGGGAGCUCGACGACAUGUUCCGCCAGAUCUUGCAAGCAUUCAAGAACCAGCUCGGUGCUCAGUGGGAGCAGCAGACGUCGUCGUUCCCGACUGUCAUCCGCGAGCGCCUUCGUGAGCGCUACCAGGUUUAA